ACACACACGAUCAAUUUCCAUCUACAACCACCCACCCACCCCCUCCUUAUCUACAAAUAUGCUAAGAUCUACGUCGCCGGUCUAAAUAAAUAUCUCAUGUAAUUAAUUAAGCCGACUCAAAUACAACACAAUUAGAUAAAUAUUUGAUUGACUCUAACACCACGACUAUCUCUAUAUAUGCUUCCCCAUAUCUCUCAUUUGUCUCUCUCUCUCACACACACACACACACACACACACACACACACAAUCAAUAUCCCUCACACCCAAAUAUGCCUAUCGACAAAUCCGCCAAGAUCUACGUCGCCGGCCACCAUGGUCUCGUCGGCUCCGCCGUCGUCCGCCACCUCACCAGGCUCGGCUUCACCAAUCUCCUCCUCCGUUCCCAUUCCGAUCUCGAUCUCACUAACCAACUCUCCGUUGACGAGUUUUUCUCCUCUCAAAAACCCGAUUACGUCAUCCUCGCCGCCGCAAAAGUCGGCGGAAUUCACGCUAACAACACUUAUCCAGCUGAAUUCAUAACUAUAAACCUCCAAAUCCAAACGAACGUCGUCGUUUCAGCGUUUAAGUACAAGGUACGUAAGUUGCUCUUCUUAGGUUCUUCGUGUAUUUACCCUAAAUUCGCGCCGCAACCGAUCCCCGAAAGCGCGUUGUUAACUGGGGAAUUAGAGGGGACUAAUGAGUGGUAUGCGAUUGCGAAGAUUGCUGGUGUAAAAAUGUGUCAAGCGUAUAAGUUGCAGUAUAAUUUCGAUGCGAUUUCGGCAAUGCCGACGAAUUUGUAUGGUAGGAAUGACAAUUUUCAUCCCGAGAAUUCGCAUGUUUUACCUGCAUUGUUGCGUAGGUUUCACGAGGCGAAGGUGAAUGGUUUUGAUGAGGUGGUUGUGUGGGGGAGUGGUUCUCCGUUAAGGGAGUUUUUACACGUCGAUGAUUUAGCGGAUGCGGUUGUGUUUUUGUUAGAGAAUUAUAGUGAUUUGGAACAUGUUAAUGUGGGGAGUGGGAAGGAAGUGAGUAUUAAGGAGUUAGCGGAGUUGGUGAAGGAAGUUGUGGGGUUUAAAGGGGAGUUGGUUUGGGAUACGAGUAAGCCGGAUGGGACACCGAGGAAGCUUAUGGAUAAUUCGAAGAUUGCUAGAUUGGGUUGGACACCAAAGAUAUCGCUUCGAGAUGGUCUUGUUGAUACUUACAAAUGGUAUGUGGAGAAUUAUGGCAAACAAUAGUUCAGGUGACUUUUGGAUGUAUCUUGAUAUGAGAUUGUUGUUGUUAUUCAUGUUUUCGGAUUGUUCAAAGAUUAUAAUAAGCUUGAAUUAUUGAUUCUCUGAUGUACUUAUUUCGGAAACUAUGUUUUUGUUAAUUAUUUUUGCCAAAGAUCCAAUUUUUAAUGUUA